CAACUGCAAUGGUUACUGCGUCUUUGGUCUCUUUCAAUGGCCGAGGAGUGGAUGGUUGAGUCUUCUGACGAUGAAGUCUGUUCAUCUCUAGGCUCAGAGGGUCUUGGAGGCGCUCCCAAAAGGAAGCAUGUAAAGACGUCUGAUGCAGCAGAUGUGGAGAUAGGAGAGUUGUACAAGAGGAUAGCAAGAGAUGGAUAUGUUCAACUGCAAUGUGUUGAGAAAAGAAGGAAGGAGUCGCAACAGAAUCAGUCGCUAGAGAGAAAGGUGGAGGGAACCAAAAAUGCAGAGAAGGAGAAAGAAACAAAAGAGAAUAAAUCGGACAUGCCAGUAACAGACAAUUCAACAUUUGACUUUUGUGAUGACAUACAUGUUAUCCCAACUGCUCCCACUCCACAACCAGACGUAAAGCGUGCUGCUCUGAAAGGUUCAAAGAAGCGGAAACCAAAGACUGUUGCAAAGUGGAGUAACGUGAUUCGCCACUUGCAAAUCGAUUACGAGAACGAAUCAAAGACUCGGACAACCACACACACAGUAGGUGCAGAUGUCAAAGAUGAGGAUACUUUACUAAGGGAGAAGCAAUCUACCCAACCUGAAGCAGCACACGGUGGUAUCGAUUUGUCCUUUUCAAUGUCUUCCAUCGACAGCUCCAUGACAAAGGAUGGCUUACAAGACAAGAUCAAAUAUGCAGAAACUCUCCUUGCAUCUCAGCAAGUCAACCAACCUGCUACAGAGCCCACACAGCAACCAUAGCAACACACAGUUUGGCAUAUCGCAGCUGUUUAUUAACUAAGGAUAUGUUAGCGAACCUAAUAAGAUGUAUAAGACUGUUGAUA